AUGUCUAGCCCCACUGAUGAUUGGCUUCACUUUUACCAACAAAAUCUUUCGAAUCAGGAGCCAAUGUUCGGCGACCAGGCCUACGACACCACCGUUGUUACCGCUACGGGCAAACCUAGUGCAGUAGGCUCAGUCCCAGCUUGUUCAAAUGGUGGCCAUUUGAGUCUUGAAGGCGGCCGCGUUGGGAAACCAGCUCGAAAACGAUCAAGGGCUUCAAGGAGAACCCCUACCACUUUGCUCAAUACCGACACCACAAAUUUCCGAGCUAUGGUUCAACAAUUCACCGGCUGUCCUAGUUUUGCAGCAGGCUCAGCUCACCCUGGUGGACCAACUUUCGAGUUCGGUUUCGGAGGACGUCAAGUGCAUCUUAACUCCGGUUCCCUCACGGUUCCUCCAGUCGGAUUCCAGUUGCAAUAUCAACAACAACAUUUAAUGCAACAUCAGAACCAGGUAUACAUGUUGAACAGCAAUGAUAAUAAUCUUGGGGCAGGGGACCAUUUGGUUCAAAGACUUGUGGGUAACCCUAGACCGAACGUGGAGGCUGUGUCCGAAGGCUUUGUUGCAGAGGGUGUUUCCUCGCAGGUUAUUUCUUCCAGAACCGGUUCCUCCAAUGAGAACAGGACUCACACUUCAUUCAUGUUUUGAGUCUUCUUUUGGUUUUUGGUCAGACAUGUUUUUCAGACUUUGAUAGA